AUGGCAACCGCAGAAGAGUUAAAACAGUUAAGAUCUGAUUGUACAUACCGAUCCAAGUUAGCCGAGCAAGCCGAGAGAUAUGAUGAAAUGGCCGAUGCGAUGAGGACAUUAGUGGAGCAGUGCGUUAAUAACGAUAAAGAUGAGUUAACAGUUGAAGAGAGGAAUCUAUUGUCUGUUGCAUAUAAAAAUGCCGUUGGUGCUCGUAGAGCUUCGUGGAGAAUUAUAUCAAGUGUUGAACAGAAGGAAAUGAGCAAAGCGAAUGUUCAUAAUAAGAAUGUUGCUGCUACUUAUAGAAAGAAAGUAGAAGAGGAAUUAAAUAAUAUAUGUCAAGAUAUUUUAAAUUUGCUAACAAAAAAGUUAAUACCAAAUACAUCGGAAAGUGAGAGUAAAGUAUUUUAUUACAAAAUGAAAGGCGAUUAUUAUCGUUACAUCAGUGAGUUUUCAUGUGAUGAAGGAAAGAAAGAAGCAUCGAAUUUUGCCCAAGAAGCUUAUCAAAAAGCUACUGAUAUUGCAGAAAACGAAUUACCUUCAACACAUCCAAUACGUUUAGGUUUAGCAUUAAACUAUUCUGUUUUCUUCUAUGAAAUUUUAAAUCAACCACAUCAGGCAUGUGAAAUGGCCAAAAGAGCUUUUGAUGAUGCUAUAACUGAAUUCGACAAUGUUAGUGAAGAUUCGUAUAAGGACUCUACGUUGAUUAUGCAGUUGUUAAGAGAUAAUUUAACCUUAUGGACUUCUGACUUGCAAGGAGAUCAAACAGAGGAAAAAUCAAAAGAUGAAGGCUUAGAAUAA